UCCAACUAGUUGCAGUAUAUAUAAGGACACCAUUGACCAUCAGUAUUUCAUCAACAAUUGCAAUAAUUUUAUUUCCUUCCGCUGUUAGUCACAUCCCUGAUUUAUUUACCAUCGAAGUUCACGAGUGUUGUAACAAUCAGUUCAUAAUUUAACAGUGCAUCGAGAUCAUCACGUUCGUCACGUCAUUUGACAAAAUUAAGAAGAUUAUUGUCCAUUUAUUGUUGAAGACCAAAUGGCCUCUGCCUGGGCGAAAAUUCAACCGAUCACGAAAACAAUUAGUUUCGAUGAAAUAACUGCUGAAGAAAUGGCUAAACGAAUACCAGAGAAGGAAUUCGAGACGUAUGAAAAUAAUGUUGACAAAACAGAUACACUGGAUCAAUGCGGAUGUUACGAACUGGACGAGACUGACAGUGAUGCAGUCAUAGCUCAGUUACUCCAGAAUCAAUUCAACAAUGAGUACGACUUGAUGUUGAAGAGAACGGAAGAAAAAUUCAAUGGCCAUUCCAAAGUGGGCAUAUCGUAUGUUAAUUACCGUAUAUCCCCUACGAUCGGUCCUGAUGACAGAAAAGAAGUCGUCGAUGAUGAAAAUGCCGACUUGGACAGAUUUGUGAAUGUCGAAAGGGAAUAUGCAUCUAUACCAAGAUGUGGUUACAAAAAAAAUUCAGAAGGAUCAGAAAUUGUCACGAAACAUGACAUGCUCAUGUCAUCAAGAAUUAAUGCUUGUCGAGUACUGGAAUUUCCCCCGGGGAUAUCAACAGGAGAUACUGGUGGAUUUGAUGUCAAGUUGAAUAAUAAGGUAUUCAAUUCACUACGAGCUCACAGCUAUGCCCACUGUUCUCGACAAAAAUCAAAACCAAAAACACAUCAUAAGUAAUUUCACUACUCGAGACAAGCACGGCUUAAUUACAAUGUACUUUGAAUAAAAAUAAAAACAAAUGUAUUAAUAAUA